ACGGACAGCCGCUGUUUCGGCGCGAGUUCGCAGACGAAACAUGGUGGACGUGGGGAUAGCCCUCCUUAGUUCGCCCAGCCUCCGCUACCGGCGGGCAAGGCGCCACCGACGACAACACAGCCUCGCCUGACGCCCGCCGCUCGCUGCGGCCGCUCUCUCGCAUGCCGCCUCCGCUGACUCGCUCGCUGACUCCGGCGCGCGCGCACUACACGCUUCGCACACGCAUCCACCACGCGGGUUUGCCGGCUCCUCCGCAGAGAGAGUAAGGAUAGUAGCGUGCGUGAGUGGUUGCGCUGAGCGGUGGUCUCCAGGAGGAGGCGUGCGUUGUGUCGGCCCGGCGCGCCGCACGAAUUGCUCCCGGUGCUCCCUUCUUAACCGACGGCGGAAAUGUCCGAGCACCGCCGGCACGGCCGCCGCUCCACGUGAGCCCGGGGGCAGACCGGCGCGACGAUGUCCGGACAGACAGCGACGCUGUCACAGCGACCGCAGAAGCGCCGGUGUGCUGUGCGCUUGAUGCCCGACCGUGCGUAGAGACCAGCUGAACUCCCUUCCGCUCUUCGUUGUUUGUUUCGCGCGGCCGGUCUUUCUGACGUAAAGACAGGUGUUGGUGACGACUCACACUAGACGAUGGUGCGCCGCCGACUCGAGUGGCUCGUCUGUUGGUGCGCGCUGGUGGCGGCCGUCAGCGUCGGAUACGUCCACGGACACCUGCUCGUCGACAGGAGCGCCAAGCAGCGGGUACAGGCGCUGCUGGCCCAUCAGAACCCCAUCAGCGCGCUGAGGACGUCGGCGCCCGUGUCUCCGCUCGGAGUGACACGCAGCGGCCCCGUGGCAGCGGCUCCUACCGGCAGCACGACGUCGUCCCGGUCCGGUGAUGGCCGCAGCGGUGGAAGCAGCAGCUACGCCGACACCGUGCGGCUCCUGUACAGCGCCAGGGACGCCCGCGAGGCCAGGAUACGGGAACCCCGCGUCACGCCUGUACUCUCGCAAGAGCUGGAGGACGUCCGGAGCGCCAACGAGCACUUCCUGCGCAUUCGGACGACGGCCCGGUGCCGGGUGCCCCGCACGCGUGUCGUGCACGUCAAAGAGUUCUACUCGGACCCGAGCAAGGAGUACCUGCCCCGGUGCACCAUCCUGCACCGGUGCGGCGACGAUUCCGGAUGCUGCGACAGCGAGCAGUACCAGUGCGUGCCCCGAGCCGUGCAGGAGGUCACCCUGCACUUUUACACGAUCCACCUGCAGAACCAGAACGGCGGCGAGGUGGGCCUGCGCAACUCGGUGACCAAGCUGCUCUUCCCCAACCACACCGAGUGCGAGUGCCAGCCGGUGAACGACAUCCCGCGAACAGCAGCGAGGCCCUCGCGAAUCGCUCAUCACUCGGGCGAGCACAACAAGGUGUCGCUGCACGCGCCUUCGUCGGAGGACGCCGACAUGGCCGCCGGAUCCGGCAUGCACGAGGAACUGCCCUCGGGACCACUCAAGUGCCAUAACUGUCCUGAACCAUUCUCACGGAGAUUGUACGAAGACGGGCGCUGCAGCUGCGACUGUUUCGAGAAGCAAAAGCGCUGCCUGAAGAUCAAGAGGGGGCGGGAACCGCUCGGAGACCUGGCCCGAAGGUGCGUCGAGACGCAAGACUGUCACGUGCCCGAGUGCGAGUACGGAUUGUACGACGUGGACUCGGGCCGCUGCCCCAAGCGACCGGACUACUGGCCCAAGCACGUCGCCGACCGGAAGGUUCACCCGCAUUCCCACAGAUGGCAGUACUUCGAGCGCGACUGAGCACCGACCACAUCUCCGCCGCUGCUGCCGCCGCCACCGUUGCUGUUUCGUUGUUUGUUUGCUCGCUACGUAUCGCCCUCGUCUCCUGACAACAACAGUGCACGCGCCUGCGGUAGCCCCGCGACCACCGGGCAUUCCAGUCUUGACCAAAACCGCCGCCCCGUGUCGCCUUCAUCGCAGCUCUCGCCUCCCCAGCAGAGCUCCUUCGCUUGAACUUUGAACUCUGGAUAGACGAAGGAAGCGAACGAAUGCGCAGUCGGGGCAGAUGAGACGAAAGAGAAGAAUGUGCCGGGCGAAAACCAAGAAAGUUGUGGACUUUAUUUUGUAUCUGUGCGCGUGCAAGUUUUUAGCCUGCACCAUGCCAAUGACAGUUAUAGUGUCUGUUUUGUGUAUGUAUUUCUUGUGUCUCCUUCCUUUCGUUAUUUAAGGUUUCCGCUCUGAACAGAGCGUCUUCGCGUAGCUCCUCCACACCGCGCCUACGCGGCUAUGCAUCCGUGUAUAGGAACCUUCACACAUCGACACACACACACACACACACGCACACAAUGACAUGAAGUACUUGUACGUAACCUUGGAGGUACAGUGCUAAUUUUCGUCUUUUUUUUUUUUUACAUACGCAUAUGUUUGCAGUUGCGGAACACAUCUGGCACUACGGAGAAUAAUGACACUAGCCAGAGCAUUUGUUGUUUAUUUUGAGACGAUAGCAAGGGGUGCGCUCUUUAUUAAACAGCAAGCUGUCAUUACAGGCGCGUGAAAGCGGUGGCUUGUUCACGUUUGUCCAAGCAUGUGAAUGUCGCACUAUUUUUCGAUUUGCCAAAUGAACUUUACUCGCUUGGGGAUGUGAACAAUUGUGAUGGCUGAGCUAGACAAUUAACUUCCCAUUGAAUGAAAGAGAUGCAUAACACCUUCGUUCUACUGUGACUUUGCAAAGAAGUUUUAAUCCUUGCACUUGAGUUUUUCUGAUACAACACAAUAACAUGUUGCAGAGGCGACGUGGUAUAGUUAACGUUUGCUCCUCAUAGUUCUCUAUCACGCUGUUAUCUUUGUCCUGUACUGAAACCGUUACGCAGCUAAACUUGUUACAAAUUGUCCUCGCCUUCCAUAUGUUACUUUUUAUGCACCAUGUUUCGAGCCCUACGAUGUUUCCAUGCAACUCAUGCAUCUUUAUCCUGCAUAUCGAUAUCGUUGCUGUGCUCGUCCGCAAGUUAAAAACUUUCCACUCCACAGACCAAGUGUGUGUUUGCCUAAUGACUUAAGCUAACUCACUGCCUCCUUUUUGUACUUUUCAUACCCAGUGAAACAAACAAAUAAGAAAAAGGCAAUUACCCUCUCGGUGUUUAAAUGUAGCUGAAGACAACUCGACAUAAAACACUCUUCUUCUAUAGCUGAAGAUGCCUUAGUCAGCCUGUGUAGCAAAGCAUUAGUAAUAUAAUACCUUAGGCCAAAUGUGCACCGCUUAACCAGCCGUGAUUCCUUGCUUAGAAGUUCGGGUUUCCAGAUAGUAGCCUGUUGUCAUGAUGUUGCCUGAUAGCCUUUCCUAGCUAUACUGUGAUGCUGGUCAGCCUUUAGCUCCACAUGUUGCAUAUGUUGGUUAGUGGGCCUCCCUGUCUGCAACACGCUAGGAGUGAAAUGUUCCCGUUAGCAUUGUCGUUUAAUCUAUAGCUAGCCGCGCAGCAAAGUUGCAGUUUGCUCGAGUUAACAUCUAGAAUCCACGGGAAGAAAUCGUAAACUGUAAACAUGUAUCUAGCCAAACAAUGCCACCACAAGCUGUUAGCUCAUAGUAUCUUGUCAUGUACCUAGACGCGACACCUGUCUUUAAGAGCAAGAACACAAACUAUAUUGCGCAGUAUAUCCACAUUACUAGGCAGUGUUUUUACUUAUUGUUACCUUUGUGUUCCAGUCGCAAAAACCGCGCCGUUUAUUUUGUCGCUCAGUGGUCUCCAUAAAGGUGUUUCCAUUUCUCUUAACCUCGAAGUUCAAGAGGAACUGGCGUCAAUCUCACUGUCGGUCAUGCCGAAACUUUCGCGUGUGAUAUGUAACGCGCACUUUUAAAGUUCGGAAUAAACACGUUGUGCCUGUGUUUAA